AUGGACAUUGCAGCUGUCCGUCGCGGCGUUGGCGGCCGUGGCGAUCGGCAAGGGCCGAAACUGAUCGCCGUGAUCAUUGGCGAGACGCUUUUGCCCACACUCUUGCGCGGCGGGCACGUCACCUUCGUUGGCCCUCUGAGCCCCCUGAGCCCCUCCCCUCGUCUUCCGGCAGCGUUAUUGCCAGUGUGCAAUACCCCUGUCAUAGACUACGUGCUUGAAAACUUGGUACUGAACGGAGUGGAUGAGGUGACCAUCCUUCUUAACUCGUGCUCUGCAGCGCAGACUAUUGCGCACCUCUCUGAGUGUCGCACGGCACGCGGAAAGCCUUGGAUGCUGAGUGACUCCAUAGAUGUGAGAGUGAUCGAGUGCGCACGCCGAAUCGCCACCUUAGCGGACGCCGCGGACGAAAUGCGGGAGCGCAAUGUCGUUCCGCAAAACGGCUCCUUCCUGCUGGUCCCUAUCGACACGGUGGCCUCCUUCACGAACCUGCGGGAGUGCUAUCAGACCCACCUGGAGCGGGUGCGCAGGGUGAGCAAGUACGCGGCAACGCUGCUGUGUGUUUCCUCUCGCCAUGCUCUUGCAGCAGCACUGCGCAACUCCUUGGUGAACCACCUCGCUGAAACAGAGGAGGCGAGCUCUCAGUCCCCCGUGUCCCCGAUCGGCGACAGUGGCCGCCACGGCGUCCUUAGCAUCCAGCAGACGUCGGACAUGCUGCGCCUUCGCAACUACCCUGCCCCGGUGCUGCCGCGGGAGCGCCACACCAUGUUCGUGCUCAACAAGGCAACGCAGGUCGUGACAUACAUGGCGCGCCUCGAAAGCGGCGAGGAGGCGCCGGAGCCACCGGCGGUGGUGUUCAGCAGUAGUGCCCCGCAGUCCGUGCGCAUGGACCUCUUGCCGACCGGCUACCUGUUUUGCUGCUGCGAGGCGCUUUCCCUAAUCGAGUUCCACAUUCGCGACCUCUACAGUUUCCUUAGCACGUCACUGCUGGGCCAGGUGGAGAUCUACGGUAACGUCUUUGGCCUCAUCGAGCUACCCGCAUCCUCGUCGGUGGUGGAGUCGAUAAGCAGCGCCGAGGCGUACAUCCAAUGCAACCUCGAUGUGUGCGCCCGCCGGCUGUUUCCGAUGACACGGGAGAGCUGCUUUGCCGAGGCGCUAGCCAAAUAUGCCGUCUCCUCGACAUGCGAAACCGUCUACCUGCACACGACCUCCAAGUGUGCGAAUAAUAGCCUUAUGGGUCCGAAUGUGGUAGUAGGCGAGGAAGUGAGUGUGCCGGCUUCGGUGGAGCUGGCCGGGACGGUGCUCGGGGCCCGCGUCGAGCUGGGCGAUGAGGCCUCACUGCGCAGCUGUGUUGUGAUGGAGAGUGCCCGGAUCGGCCGCCGGUGUGUGCUGCAGGGGUGUCUGAUAGGUCCUCACGCGGUGAUUGGCGAUGGCGUGGAGCUCUCCUACGCUGUUGUGGGGGAGCGCUGUGUCUUGGACGGGGUAACCACUAAUGGCACGCCGCUCGUGGUGCAGCACCAGGCGAUUGAGUGCGACGCGGAGGACACUAUCGGUGCAGACAGCGACAGCGCCGAAGGCUACAAGACAGACAAGGUGCUCACCGGCGCGAGCGGUCGCGGGCACGUGCUUGAGGACCGCUACAGCAGCAACAUCCUCCCCACCAGCGCGCUCUUUACGGAGGACCCCGUGGCGCGCCCCGCGCAGAGCGGCGACGAUGACGACUCCUCUGAGGAGGACGACGAGCAAGCGGUGUUUCGCCGCAGCAUUCAGCGCCACGUCCAAGCAGCGCUCCUGCAGCCGUCCCGCAUCGAAUCCAGCAGCUACGACAUGUCCACUGUCUGCCUCUCCAGCGGCUUCGGCUACCCCGAACUGUGCGAGAUCGUCACGGAGCUGCUCAUGGAGCACUUGCUGGGCGCCCAUCGCGAUGAGUCCCCGGCGGACAUGGUCGAGGCUGCGCGAGAUUUGUUCCACACAUGGUGCCGGCCAUUUUACAACAACUUCCUGUCCAAGAACCAACAGCCAAACGUGGACGCGAUGGUCGCGACGCUCGAAGGACUCUGCGGCGCCAUCGGCGAGGUGAGCUGCCCACUGCGCUGCUACGGUCCGCAGCUGGUGGAGAUGCUCUACUACGGUUGCGACGAUGACCUCUACAAUGAGCGCGGGUACUGCAUCGUGAGCGGUGAGAGUUUGAUCACCUUUGACGCAGAGAUGGAGCACCGACUCCAGGUGCUGCAGCGCUACACCGCCUUCAACGGUGGCCGGGACAAGAGCAGAGGUGUUGCAGGCUUGCUAAGCAGUGACUACGACACCACAUCCAGCAGCACCAGCAGCAGCAGUAGCGGUGAUGACGAGUCGCGUGACCUGCACGAAGAAGGGAAGGUGCUGGUGGCUGUCAGCUGCCACGGCUUCAUUAUGGGUGUCAAGGACUUCCUCGACGCUGAGUAG